AUGCCGUCCACUGCUUUGGUCCUGAGGCGAUCACCAAGGUUCCACAAGCUUCGACGUUCUCUACGACUUGGUACCCUUCUACCGAUGAAGGCUCUCUCCCGAGCCAGUCCACUAAGGCCAGUCGCUCGUGCGACACCUAAGCGCUUGCCAGUACGCAAAGUGGCACGUGCAAUGCCAAAGCGCUUGCCAGCACGCAAGCGAUACUCAACCGAAAGCAUUGAUGGCCGCCAGUCUGACCAUGCCGUAUCCGACAACGGGUCAACCGCCAUCGCCCAGCCCCAUGUUAAUGGAGCCAUUCACCGCUGUCAGGCGCCUCACAAAGCUACAGAUGAAGAUGGAGACAACAGCGGUGACAAUAGCGAGAGCGAGGAGGUGAUGCAUAACAAAACCGAGAUCGACGACAGCGUCAAGAGCGAGGAGGAGAUAGAAUUUAACACCAUUGAGCAGGUACUUGCCGUUCUGUAUUGCGAUUGA